AACGCGGGGCAGCAUCCUCGAGUGACUGCUGACGACUGUGCUUUGCAUCAUCACUUCUCUUUGAUCACCGGGACUCGUUGGCAGGUAACAGAGCUCUCCUCUAGCGUUUUACACUAGUGACUCUGUGCAAGUACAAGCCAAAACCUGAGCGAAGACACCUGAAUCCCCCGAGCGCCGUGCCUCCACAAAGAUGCUUGAGCCACCUCCGCGGUCGAUGACGUCUCGAUUGGCAACUUGGUUGAGCGGCAAUGGCAGGAGCAGUCACACGCAGCCGGUCAAAGCUGCUGGUGGUGCAUUCGACAUUGUUGCAGCACCCCUCUACGAUUGGACUCAUCGCUUUGCCGCGCUUGCCAAGCAGCAUUCGCCAACUUGGCUUGCAGAUGUUGUUGCCCAGAUCGAACCGCACGCGGGGUCAAUCUUGACAGCUGCGCUGACCGUUGUGCUGGUCGCCUUCCUGACCUCGACGAUCAUUAAGCGCAGGAAAGAGUCCGCGAGGCCAGUGUCUGUGGCUGUGCCUCACGCCGUACAAGCAGGAUGGAAUGGCAUGGUGCUUCCCUACCCCACCGUCUCCUCCAAAGCCCAUCCUCGACUAAUCACGUGCUACGAUCCAUCCACUGCUCAGCACAUCUCCGAUAUCCAGGCUGAUGAUGCGUCUGCCAUCUUUGAGAAGGUGCGCAGAGCACAAGCGGCUCAAAGAGCCUGGCGCGACUCGCCAUUUGCGAGGAGAAGGCGGGUACUGAGGACAAUCAAGCAGUGGCUCGCCAACGAUAUGGAAGUUGUGGUCAAGGUGGCUUGCAGGGACACUGGCAAGACGGCAGUAGAUGCGCUGCUUGGCGAAAUCUUGACAACCUUUUCGAAGCUCGACUGGCUCAUCGGCAACACCGAGGCUGUUUUGAAAACGGAAGUGCGGCCCUCGAACCUUUUGUUGGCACACAAACGAUGCAAGGUCUUUCACAGACCUCUAGGCGUUGUCGCCGCCUGUGUCAGCUGGAACUAUCCCGUCCACAAUCUAAUCUCACCAGCAAUCGCAGCUUUGGCUGCUGGAAACUCUGUGGUGGUCAAGGUCUCCGAACAAGUGGCUUGGUCCUCUCAGUACGUUUUGACAGCCUUGCAAGCAUGCCUCGUCGCUUGUGGAGAGUCUCCAGACCUCGUCCAAGUGGUCGUAUGCUAUCCCGGAGAUGCCGAAGCCUUGACAGCCAAUCCAGCCAUCAAGCAUCUGACAUUCAUCGGAUCGGAGACGGUGGCAAAGCUCGUCGCGCAAAGCGCCGCCAAAGCGAUGAUACCGACUUGUAUGGAGCUCGGUGGUGCAGACCCGAUGAUCAUACUUGAAAAUGUGGACCUCAAGUAUUUUGCACCUACCUGGAUGAGAGGCACCUUUGGCGCGGCGGGGCAGAACUGUAUUGGUGCUGAGCGCUUCAUCGUCAGCUCAAAAAUCGUCGACGAAUUCAUUGCAUUGAUGGCACCUCGCAUCGAAGCGCUCAAGCCAGGCUCAUUCUUAGCUGAUACUCGUUUCUCCGAGUCCAAGGACGCCAAACAGGCUGGCGACCAUGUUGAGCACGUCGACAUUGGCCCCCUGAUCACGGGUGCCAGAAUCGAGGCUUUGGAGGCCAUCAUUGCCGAUGCGGUCAAGGCUGGCGCCAGAGUCAUCAUCGGCGGCAAACGCUACGCGCAUCCCAAACACGCACACGGGCAUUACUUCCAGCCGACCCUCAUAGUAGACAUCAAACCUGACAUGGCAAUUGCCCAGGAGGAAUUAUUCGCGCCUAUAUUCCGCGUCAUGUCCUUUGACAGCUUGGACGACGCCAUUGCUCUAGCGAACGGCACUCGCUACGGGCUAGGCUCAAGCGUCUUUGGCUCCAACAAGAAGCAAUGUAUGUACGUGGCUAGCAAACUCGAUGCCGGCAUGUGCAACAUCAACGAUUUCGCAUGUGGCUACCUCAACCAGGGCUUGCCUUUCGGUGGAGUCAAGGCAUCCGGCUACGGUCGCUUUGCCGGACCAGAAGGUCUGCGUGCGCUCACUUCGCCCAAGGCCACGACUGAAGACAUUUUCUUCUCGGCAAUUCGCACAGCGAUCCCACCCCCGCUCGACUACCCUCUGACCAACCCAACGAAUGCUUGGAGCUUUGCGCAAGGUCUUGGCAACUUUGUGGGAGGCAGUCUCUCGCAGAAGGCGCGGGGGAUCUUCGCGCUCAUCCGUGGAUCGUUGUGAGCUUGUGCGGACAUGGCGGGUCAGGACGUGUGGGUGAAUAAUGUACGCACCUGGCUGCCAUCAUUUACGCGCGCCUACCUGGUGCUAGUGCGUGAAGGAGGUGUUUAAGGCUCAAAGCUGCGCCAAUUCUCCUGUCUGUCUGCUGCAUUCAUUAUUGCAUGACGAACCACCCGUCCAUGCAUCUAUCCAUCGCUUGGCUCGAUGAAAGCUCCUCAAUCAAUGAAUAUAAGCUGACCUUGCAAAGCUGCGCGCGCACGCACCUUCCUGCGAGAAUGCCGAAGGUGUGGU